AUGAGCUCGUUCCUGAUGAAUCCAUCCGCCGGCGGUGGAUAUCAUCAUCACCAACAUCAGCAGGCAGCUAGCAAUCAUCAUCUGGCCACGACUUCCGUCAUGGUGGACCCGAAAUUUCCACCUACCGAGGAGUACAGUCAGAGCAACUACAUCCCGUCCACUGGAACGGACUUCUUUCCCGCCAGCGGCGGUGGCCACCACUUGAAUCAUCCGCAGUCUCAUCAACUGCAGUAUGGCUAUCAUCAGCACCAUCAUCAAGCAGCCUCCACUCCUUAUGGUGCAUCGAGCGCCGUCCAGCUAAACGGCGGUUACGCUGGCUACGGUAGCUACUACGGACCUCAUCAUCCUCAUCAUCAAGUGCACGCCGUUCAUCACGCGAGCUUGCAUCCUCAUCAUCAUGCGGUGGGCGCGUUGGCGAUGCCGCCGGAGGCUCAACAACCACCGCUCACGUGUCCAUCCUCGAUGCAAAACCAGCAACAACCACAGCAGCAGCAACCACCUGUGUCCGCAUCCACUGUCCUCGGCACUACUCCAUUGUCACCUGGCAUCAUGCAGAAUCACGUGCAGCCGCCGGACAGUCUUCAACACCAUCAGCAACCGAGUCAACAACAGCAACCGCACGAAAACAACGCAUGCAGCCCGGCAAGUUCCGGUCAACUGCAUCGCGACAACUCGCCGGAUCUUCAGCAGCAACCGGCUGCUGGUCAACAGCCUCAGCACAUACAAAACGCGCAGCAACAGCAGCAACAGCAGCAGAAUCAACAGCAGUCGCAACAGCAACAUCACGUGGACGACGGUUCCGAUCAGGAUGACAUGGAGGAUGAUCAGACGAUGGACGGGUCGCCAGGAAUGAUGGAGGAUGAUGAGGAGGACGAAGAAAACGGGGACCGUGUGAUUUAUCCGUGGAUGAGAAAGAUUCAUGUCGCUGGUGUCGCGAACGGCUCGUACCAGCCAGGAAUGGAGCCGAAGCGACAGAGGACCGCGUACACGAGGCACCAGAUCCUCGAGCUGGAGAAGGAAUUCCAUUACAAUAGGUACCUGACGAGACGGCGACGGAUCGAGAUCGCUCAUACCCUGGUAUUGUCCGAGCGGCAGAUUAAGAUCUGGUUCCAGAACCGACGCAUGAAGUGGAAGAAGGACAACAAGCUGCCGAACACGAAGAACGUGCGCAGGAAGAAUGCCAAUGGCCAAACAGCGCCACCGUCGGCGAAACCGGCGAAAACGCCGGCCACCAGAUCGAAACUGGCGACCGGCAACAACAACAGCCAAAGGAAGAACAACAACAAUUCGCCGUCGAGCGGGAUCGACGCCAGUCUGGACUCGAGCGUCGCUCUCUCGGACAUGGCGGACGUGCACGCGGUGAACGCCGCCCUUCCGCAUACGAACGUGGUUCAUCCGAGCUUCCAAGGUCACCCGCAUCCGCUGGCCCAUCUUCAAGCGCAGCUGAGUCAUCAUCAUGUGAGCGGCAUGAUGGAGGGUCCAACGGGGGGACCGUUGGGACACAUCGGCUCCGGAAGUAUCAGCCCUCUUGCCCCAGCUACCAGUCCCUCCGGACUGUCGCAGGUCUCCGCGCCCAUUCCGCCACCGGCCAUCAAGUCCGAUUACGGGCUCACGGCGCUGUAA